AUGGCUAAUGAAUCAAAUGUUUUAACAAGAAAUCUUCGUAAACGAUCAAAAAAGCGUGUUAAAAAGAGCACGGCAUUGGAAUUACCAACUCCUCGUGAAGUUGGGGCAUAUUUGUCAAAGAUGGUGCAGAUAAGAACGAAUUUAUCUAUGAAUAUUGUGGUGAGAUCAUUAGUCAAGACGAAGCUGAUCGACGUG